AAAUUGGUCAAGGUUGACCUGAAUCACCAACCACGCCUUUCUGUGUUUAGUGAAUAUUCGACUCUUAGAGCUCAUAGAUAUUAUAUUUAAAUAUCUAAAGGCUAUCUCGUCUAUUAUCUUUUGAAAAAUGUUUAUCUACGAAGGAGCCCACGUUCUACUGCGUAAAGAAAACUGUUAUAAAUUUGUUAAAAUUUCCUCAAAAAAAAAAGAGACAUUCGAUGGGAAAGAGUUCUCCUUAAAAAACUCGAUUGGCUUACCAUUUGGAUCCACAUUUUUGGUUUCAGGAGAUCAAAUUCAGCCUACUACAUAUAAAUCACUGAUGAUUGCUGAUGCAAAGAAUUCGUCUUCACUAGAUGAUGAGAAUAAAUCUGAUGAAAAUGAACUUAAAGACAAUAGAAAUAUCAAGGGUUCUCAGGAUAAUCAAAAGUUAACUGGUUCAUGUAUAGAACAGUUGCGUCUUAGUGGCAUAUCGGGACAAGAUAUUUUAGAUCAAAUUGUUGAAGGCAGUACCACUUUUGAACAAAAAACAACAUUCUCUCAACAAAAGUAUCUGAAAAAAAAGAAAAAUCGACACUUGAGUUUAUUUUCAAUUGAAAAACCCAACGCCCGCAUAAUUUUUGAAACUUAUGGUAGUUUACGUCCGGAAAAAUGUCUUGGACUACGUUUUGACACAGUAUGUCGCAUCCUAUCGUAUGCUAAUAUUCAUGCUGGAUCAACUGUUCUCCUUUGUGAAACUUGUGGUGGACUCAUCACAACAGCCGUACUUGAACGUAUUGGAAUCGACGAACCAGAAGGGUUGGUGAUUCAGUUUUAUCAUGGCUCCUCUCCUCCCAAAUCAGAGAUUGUCCCUCUGUCCGGAAGCAUCUAUACUAAAAGGGUCUAUCCUGUUCGCCUACUUGACGUAAUGCCAAUUUUGUUAUACAAAGCUUCUCAGCAUGACAAUAAUGACAGUAAUAGUGGGUCCAAAUGCACAACUGGUGAAGAUUCUGAGAGUUUGACCAAGAUUCGUAAAGUUGAUGAAGAUUUGUCUCCUGUGGAGCAAGAACAAAGUGAAAAUCAAAAAAUAUCCAAGAAACACAAUACCAAUGAAAGCUACCUUACAUCAUUCAGUUAUAUUUUUGGAAGCGAUCGUCCUUCAGCAGAUUGUCUUGUCAUAGUUACACGAUAUCAUCCAGUUGAUUUAACUUUAUGCUUACUUCAAUUUCUACUGAUUGGUCGACCUUUUGUAGUUUAUUCACAUAUAUUCAGCCGCUUGUUGAUUUGUACAACGCAUUGAAACAACGUGGCGGGAUAUCGCAUCUUCGUCUAACCGACAGCUGUAUCGUCGUAUUCAAGUAUUAUCGGAUAGAACGCAUCCAGAAAUUAGUAUGUCGUGUACAAAUGGCUACCUUUUAACUGGUUAUACAGUUGAACCGGAGAUAAAUACAAAAGAAUUAUUAGAAUCUGGAUUGUUAUCGUCUCUUGCUUAAAAACAGUUGUUGUAAUCUAUUUUCAUUACUACAAGAUGUAUAUAUGAUGCUUCUACUGUCUUUCUAUGCAUAACAUAUACUUGAGUCAUAUGUUUGUUUUUUUAAAGAAUAAAUUUCCUCGGAGAGUUGUCUAUGAUGCUCAGUCCCACAUUAUUCAUUGAUGAUGAGUUCUGAAAAAAAGAGUAGAUGGAAC